AAGACACCCGGCUUCUCUCCCCGGUCCACGUGUGUUUCUGUCCUAACUUUUGCCGCCACCAUUUUCCUAGAAUUCCCGUCUGGGCGGUAUCCCUCCGCACAUAGACCCGGACUUCACCGCGGGAUUACCGUGAAUCCACCCUUCCCGUUUUUUUUCCGCGAGGACUCGAUCGACACAUCGACCGGCGCGGACUUUAUCAGCCGUGGGUUUGAUUCCCGUCGACCGCCCGCGGUGGGUUUUGGCGUUUUGGCGCGAUUACGCCGCGGAAGGACACGGCGGUUCUCGGUGGGCGUAUAAAGCGUGCGCCGCCGCCGGGCCACACCCACUGUGUCUGACCGGAGCGGCCGAACGAGCGAUGUUACCCCGCAACGACUCCACUCUCUCACGCAACGAAACGACCUCCCGCACCGCCCGGUAGCUUUCUGUGGACUUUACCGGAGCUCCCGUGGUUUCCCGGUGGUUUUCACUUCUUCCCCCCCCCGCACGGACAGUUGGAGGUGAGGCGGCCCGCGUGCAAACCCAGUGUCUGCUAAGUUAAACAUAUUCUGCCAACAUGUUGCAAAGCUUCGCUCAGUCGCAGGAUUGGCUUUACUCAGAGCCGCUGCUCUUUGACGACGAGUUCUGCCAGAGUUUGAUGAAGGACCUCCAGUUUCUGCCGACUCCCCCCCAGUCCCCUCCCAUGAAGGCCGGAGCGGGCAGCAGCAAGCCCCUGUCCAAGGAGGACCAGCUGAGCUAUGUGUCGGACAUCCUGCUGGAGGACCACGACAUGCAGCACAACUGGAACUGCGACUUCUUCCACUCUGAUGCUGCAGAGAAGGAGGGCGAGCCCAGCCAGCCCUGCUCCCCUCUGGAGGAGAGCAACGAGGACUGCCUGUGGCAGUGCCUGGCAGCAGACAAGAGCCUGCUGGGCUCCAGCCCCCUGCUGUCUGACAUCGACACCAGCAUCUUUGAGGAGAUAGCUGGCUCCACACUGGACUGCCAGAACCUGAUGGACACUCAGGAGCCCAGCGAAUCCACAUCGGACUACGGAUCAACUGGUGGCGAGCUGUCUGUGUAUUCAUCCAGUGACUCUGAAGAAGAGAUUGAUGUGGUGACGGUCGUCCGCUGUUCCUCCAGCCCCUCCCCUCUGCCCCCAUUGGCGGAUCUAUCUACCCGCCAGCAGAAACACGAAGAGGAGAAACGGGCUCUUCAACGCCACCACAUCGAGAUCCAGCUGCAACACAACUACGCUGCACCCUGCCCUGCCUCACCGCCACCAUCCUCUUCGUCCAACAAGCGCUCGAGAGGGAGCGAGAGCUCUUCGCGCUUCCACCAUUCUUCUCGUAGCUCUUCCUCAUCGUCGUCCUCGUCGCGGUACCAGCACCACCACUCGCCCAGGAACUCAACGGAGACGGAGGACGAGGAGGAGCGGCGACGGACUCACAAUGUGAUGGAGAGGCAGCGGCGCAACGAGCUUAAGAACUGCUUCAUGCGCCUGCGCGACAACGUGCCGGAGCUGUCGCACAAUGACAAGGCCUCCAAGGUGGUGAUCCUGAAGAAGGCCAGAGACUGUAUCUACAACCUGGAGGACCAGUGUCACAGACUGCAAUCCAAGAGGGACAAACUGAGAGACAAACAGGAAGAGCUGAAAGCCAGGCUGGAAAAGCUCCACAGCUAAUGGACCACGCAAACCACCAUUUACAGACAUUGUGUGUGUGGGGAGGGGGGGGGAGGGGAACAGACUUUGUACAAAGACAGGGGGAUGGGCGGCGGUAAAAGGAUGGCGUGUCAUGCUGAAAACAGCGCACAAAGUUUGACAUUUCAAAUACUUUAUGGCAGCAGCGGGUCUGGACUGAGUGGACCCACUGCAGCCGCGGACAGACACAACACACUCAUUGCCUCAGAGUUGAUCAUUCUCAUGCCUUGACUGCUGACUGUUGUAGAGCGUAGGAUCGUUUUCAUUUUAAAGUCCAAACGAGGACAGAGCAAGCAGAUAUUUUAUUUUUUUAAGUGUGGCUGGACGCACACCGAAAGGCAAAGACAAAUUUUGUAAUUGUUUCCGUAUGUUGUGGAGUUUUUUUUGUGUUUUUUUUUUUUAACUUUGGCAGGUGUAAGAUGGCACACGUGAUAAGUGUCUGUUGGGUCAAAUAACUGGAAGCCACAGCAGCUGAGUAGUCGAAUGAAACUUGAAUAUUGUGUUUUCAGGAUGUCUUAUAGCCAUACUAACCAGUGAUCCCUCCACUCUGACCAGUGUGUGUUGGUGGCUCUGAAGUUAUUUGGUCGAACGUCACUUCCACUUAAAUUCCAGUUCUUGUGCUGAUUCAAUUUUCCCGUUCAGGACGAAGGUUGUUCAGUGUGCGUUCAGCCCUGUCUGGCCUCAGGCGGACCCUUGGGCCCAACACCACUCUGUUAUCAGGUUAAUGUGUGUUAAUGACUAUACUGUAUUGACCAGGUUUGAUACUGUACACUUAACAAUGCACAGCAUCGGUUCAGUUCACCGACAGUUCCCCCGCCUCAGAGUGUUUGUUUGUGUGUGUGUGUGUGUGUGUGUGUGUUCUCUCAGAAUGGAAAGUAGUUUUUGUAUUUAAGUGUCAAUAAUGAGUUGUUCAGACUUGGACUUAGCCAUAUUUAAACUUCAUUCAGGUUUAGAGGCUGCUGAGCUGGAACGUGAACUGAACCGCGAGCCGUGCUGUCGUAGCAAAUUAGCCAAAGCCGGGACAGAAAACCUCUGGAUAACAUUUGAUUCGUGCACGUCUCACAGUGUCGUGUCGUAUUAUUUAAUGGUUCUGAUUGGAGGAAGCUGCAGCAGCGGCAAUACUGUGACAUUAAGUUGUGUAGCGUAGCCAUUUUGCCAAGUGUAAGUUAAUAAAAACCGUCAAGAGUUUUUAAAAUUAGACAACCAUUAUCCAGUGGAAGUAGCUCCAAUGUUCUUGCGACUCAGUCGGUGGCCCUCGUGGAUGAAACCUGUUGGAAAUUAAAAUAUUCUGAUCGUGUCUCCAUCCUUGAUCAUGAAAUAUCAAGGUUUACAGUCACAUAGAUUUUCUGUCCACUGCGAGAUCUCAUUUGAACCCUGUGUUACAUUAGCAGGGUCCACUGACUUUGACCAACAUUCCCCGGUUGUAAAAAUAAAUAAAUAAAUAAAUGGACGACCUCCAACGGCGCCACUUUGCGCA